UGCGCGCUUGGGUCGGCGCUUUGUUGCGAAAGCCGGGGGGCGAGGUCCGAGUGCGCCGCGCGGCCAGACGCUGCGGGCGGGGCGGAGGAUGGAAGUGGUAGCUGCAACGGUUGGGGCUGCGCGUGAGAAGGUGGCCGCGUAGGACCAAGGCUCGGUGGGGGCCGGUGGCGACGAGCGGGCUAUGGCGGGAGACCGUUUCCUCUGGGUUCCUUGAGGUACUCUCCUGACGCCCCGGGGAGCCGUAGCCCAUGGGCUCGCUGAGCAGCCGAGUGCUGCGCCACCCCGGGCGAGCCAGAACGCAGCAGGAGCCGGGUUCCGGAUCGGGGGGCUCGACCCGAAGGCCGGAGACGGGCGGCGACUCGGCCGGACACGGCUUCUGUUACUGCCCCGGCAGUCGCAAGCGCAAGCGGAGCAGCGGGGCCUUCUGCUACUGUCACCCCGACUCCGAGACCGACGAGGAUGAGGAGGAAGGGGACGAGCAGCAGCGGCUCCUCAACACCCCUCGGAGGAAAAAAUUAAAGAGUACAUCCAAGUAUAUUUAUCAGACAUUAUUUUUGAAUGGUGAAAAUAGUGACAUUAAGAUUUGUGCUCUAGGAGAAGAGUGGAGCUUACACAAAAUAUAUUUAUGUCAAUCUGGCUACUUUUCUAGUAUGUUCAGUGGUUCUUGGAAAGAAUCCAGCAUGAAUAUUAUUGAACUGGAGAUUCCUGAUCAGAAUAUUGAUAUAGAAGCACUGCAGGUUGCCUUUGGGUCUCUGUAUCGAGAUGAUGUCUUGAUAAAGCCCAGUCGCGUUAUUGCCAUUUUGGCAGCAGCUUGUAUGCUGCAGUUGGAUGGUUUAAUACAGCAGUGUGGUGAGACAAUGAAGGAAACAAUUAAUGUGAAAACUGUAUGUGGCUAUUACACAUCAGCAGGGACCUAUGGAUUAGAUUCUGUAAAGAAAAAGUGCCUUGAAUGGCUUCUAAACAAUUUAAUGACUCACCAGAAUGUUGAACUUUUUAAAGAACUCAGUAUAAAUGUUAUGAAACAACUCAUUGGCUCAUCUAAUUUAUUUGUGAUGCAAGUGGAAAUGGAUGUAUACACAGCUCUUAAAAAGUGGAUGUUCCUUCAACUAGUGCCUUCUUGGAAUGGAUCUUUAAAACAGCUUUUGACUGAAACAGAUGUCUGGUUUUCAAAAAGGAGAAAAGAUUUUGAAGGUGUGACCUUUCUUGAAACUGAGCAAGGAAAACCAUUUGUGUCAGUAUUCAAACACUUAAGGUUACAGUAUAUUAUCAGUGAUUUGGCCUCUGCAAGGAUUAUUGAACAAGAUUCUCUGGUUCCUUCAGAAUGGUUAUCUUCUGUAUAUAAACAGCAGUGGCUAGCUAUGCUUCGAGCAGAACAAGACAGUGAGGUGGGGCCUCAAGAAAUCAAUAAAGAAGAACUAGAGGGAAAUAGCAUGAGGUGUGGUAGAAAGCUUUCCAAAGAUGGUGAAUACUGCUGGCGGUGGACAGGUUUCAACUUUGGCUUUGACCUGCUUGUAACAUACACCAAUCGAUACAUCAUUUUCAAACGCAAUACACUGAACCAGCCAUGUAGUGGAUCUGUCAGUUUACAGCCUCGAAGGAGCAUUGCAUUUAGAUUACGUUUGGCUUCUUUUGAUAGCAGUGGAAAAUUAAUAUGUAGUAGAACAACUGGCUAUCAGAUACUUACACUUGAAAAGGAUCAGGAACAAGUAGUGAUGAACUUGGACAGCAGGCUUCUGAUCUUCCCUUUAUACAUCUGCUGUAACUUCCUGUAUAUAUCACCAGAAAAAAGAACUGAAAAUAAUUGUCAUCCAGAAAAUCCAGAAAACUGAGGAUCUCAUCAUAUGGAAACAGUAGCACUUUGAAAACUCUUUGGCCAUCUUUUACUUAAUGGCCCUACUGAUACUCACAUUUAAGGUGACUAACAAAACAAAGGCCUUAUGAACUGUACAGAUAAUACAGAAGACUAUUGUUAUCCUCAUCAUAUUUCUAUGCAUAUAUGAAAUAACAUUUUAAAGCCAAGAAAAUAUCUGUUAAACCAUUUCUAUUACAAGGUGUCAAUUCAUGCUUUAAUUUAGCAUCAGUAGGAAACUGCAGUAGGUAAAUUUCACAUUUUUUUGCAAACAACUAUAGAUUUAAUUUUUAGCUUAAACUUUGAUCCUACCUAAUGUUAGUGACCUCAGUUAUCAAUCUAUAAAAUUCUUUUUAUUUGGCUAAAAGAAUACUAAAGGAAUAAUUUGUCCAGUUAUAAAUAUGCUCUUAAAUGGGUGUGUUUAAAAGCUGUCCUUAGACUUUUUCAACUUCUUUUUAUGAUUCUUCCCCUUACUCUAAUAUCCGCCCUAUCUAUACUUGUUUUUAAUCAUUAA